UGAUCUAUUUCAUAAAUUUAUUUUAUUUAUUAUGACUCAGUGAUUAUGGCUUUGUCACCCUCACCGGUCGUCAUAGAGAUGCCCCAUAGUUACCACUGACGUUUAAAAAAACAAACGCGGGCUCGAUUUUCAUUCACAAUGGCUGCAAGUAGGCCCAAAAGAAAUAAUAAACGUUCUUUUAGUCCUGCUGGUUCUGCCGCUGCAUCUUCCUUUAGUGGGACUAAAAAAAAGAAAAUUGUACCCGCUGUGGAAGACAUUGACUAUCAAACAAACAGUCCAAGCUCUUUUACUACAGCAGACAAUAGCUUUUACAAUGAAUUUGGAAAUUAUGUUUUUAAAGAUUCGAAUUUCGAGCAUUCUGGUGUCAAUUCUUCAAAAAAACGUCUGUGGAAAAAUUUAAAGCAAAUAAUUUCACAAGAAAGGGCUUUGCCUUGGAGACAAGAUGAUCCAACUUAUAGUUCAAUAGAAGCUCCACCAUCUUUUAAACCAGCAAAGAAAUACUGCGAUAUAACAGGACUACAGGCAAAAUAUAAAGAUCCGCAAACAAGAAUGCUCUAUAGCACAAGUGAAGAAUUCUCAACAAUACGUAAUUUAACAAUGGAUAUUAUUGGUGGAUAUCUUAACUUGAGGAAGGCUGCUCCAACGUGAUUGGCUGUUUGCAUAAGAUGUGUAUCUGCCAUUGUAUUUUACACUACCAUGAUGACUGCUCGUAAACCGCUAUACUGGACUCUAAGCAUUUUGCCCAUGUGUAUUGACUUCCCUAUUUAGAGGCAAUAUAUACCCAACGCUUUUAUUUAACUAUGAGCAAUUAUAGUUCCAGCUGUAGACAAAACAUUUUAAACCACCCACGUGGAUGGAUGAGCUUUUAUGUUCAUAAAAUUCACAACCAAAGGCUCUAAUGGUUGUUUAAAUAUUUUGAUUUUAAAUCCAACCGUGGAAAUGCUACAAUACUCAUGUUUAUGAGAAGUGUAUCAAGAUGGUAAUGAAACAUUAACAAACUAGAACAAGCAAUAAUUCACCAUCAUAUAUUAAAAUUUCAUAUUUUUC